AUGGCAUCGGAGACACGUUAUAAAGUGGGAGAUGGGGAGGAGGCCAUGCUGAAGAAGGAAACGCUUAAUGUUCUGAACGCACUCAAUCAAAUGCCGAAGCCCUUUCCGAACCCCAAAUCUAUGAACAGGACCGUCACUACCAAAGGACUCCCACUUUCCUCAAGGGGCAGUUUGGUUAACUUCUUGGAGGAAGAUGCCAUCAAUCUACCGAAGCAGAUGCCAAUGGAGGAUUCUGAAUGCAGCUCCGAUGACACCAGCAUCUCCCCGAUGUCAUCCACCCUGUUGAAUCCCAUCAAAUUGGCCGUGACCCAGCCCAACAGCAGCUUCUUUGCAGGGAUACUGGAGGGCGAGCUGAACAAACUCAGCUUCUCCUCAAUGGCCAAGAGUACAGAAAAGGGGAAUCUGGCCCUCUGCCCCCAAUCUAAGUCCCAAAUAGCCCCCGGGGGCCUGCUGGACCUUGACAAUCCGGAGGUGGACACAGACACCUCCUCGACGCCCUCGGAGUCCUCUGUGGUCAUGGAUGUGCCAGAGGCACCCUUCAUCUCUGAACACACGGUCAGCGAUUCCACAGCUGUGAUUUCCUGGACCUAUGCCCCGGGCAAGCAGCAGGUCAGUUUCUACCAGGUCCUGUUGCAGGAGGUGGUCAGGAAAAAUGACAAUGAGCUGCCCAAGGCAAAGAACCGCCCAUGGAUCUUCAGCAAGAUCUUGGGCACCACCGUCAAGCUGAUGGAGCUGAAGCCUAACACGAGUUACUGCCUCAUUGUCCGCGCGGCCAACACCGCUGGUGUGGGGAAGUGGUGCAAGCCCUACAGGUUCGCAACCGUGGCCAAUGACUUGAGCAGCUUCCCUGAGAACAACCCCAUCCAGAUCACUGUGCGGCGCAAGGAACCCCGGCGGAAAACUGUGUCCCUUGGGCUGGAGGACAUGCGGAAGCUAGAAGAUCUGGAGUACCUCUUUCCCUACUAG